UUUCCCUCCCUCCAAGCUCGCCCAAUCGGCCCAUCCGGCACCCCCUCCAAACUGAACCCAAACCCAUCCAGUUCGGAUACAAUCAUCUCCUCUUGCUUUUAUCUGUGCGUCUCUCACUCGAGGUGGGCGCUUGUUAUUGGCUGCAUCGUCAGAGACCGGCCCCAAUCCAGCUGCCGGAUUCGGCAUAGCAUACCAAAUUCCUGAGCACGGAAGAAAUUUGAUACUGAUAAUUCGCACUCCGGGCCUAGUCUCGACAGCUUCAGAAGCCUGUCGGCCAAACUAGUAGCUGGCAAAGAAUAUCCGGAGCAAGCGACAUCCUCCGAGUUGAAACUCGGACCUAAAACCCUGACGCUAGGACCUAUCCAAAAGAACACCGUCAUCAAGGACUGGAAGGCGCCGCCGAAAAACAUGGUUCACGCCGACGCCUCCAACUUCGCCCCGGGCGUCACCAAGGACGAGGCUUACCGCCAAGUCCUGGAGCAGGCCGAGGCCCUGUUCGAAGGCCAGAGGAACUGGGUAAGGGCUGCAUUUCGUGUUUCGUCAGCACAUCUUAACCGGCACGCUAACCGCCCAAAAAACGCAACCCCCAACAUAGGUCUGCAACCUCUCCAACACGGCCGCCCUCCUGUGGCACGCCUACAAGUCCCUGCCGGCACCGAGCAGCGCCGUCAACUGGGCCGGCUUCUACACCCUGGACCCGAGGCCGGGCCCGGGCGGCCGGCCGCGGCUGAUCCUCGGCCCGUUCCAGGGCAAGGUGGCGUGCCAGACCAUCGCCUUCGGCCGCGGCGUGUGCGGCGCCGCCGCCGAGACGCGCGCCGCCCAGCUGGUGCCCGACGUCGACGCCUUCCCGGGCCACAUCGCCUGCGACUCGGAGAGCCGGAGCGAGGUGGUCGUGCCCGUCGUCGUCGUCGCGCCCGAGGACGGCGGCGGCGGCGGCAAGGUGGUGGCCAUCAUCGACGUCGACUGCGCCGAGCCCGGCGGCUUCGACGACGUCGACCGCGUCUGGCUCGAGAAGCUGGCGGGGCUUAUUGCGAGGAGUUGUGACUGGUAGCCCAUGGGGGAUGGAUGCAUGUUCCUAUAGGCUGGGAUAUUUUUCUAUUUCUUCACCCUUCCUCGAGUCACCCAAGUCCAUCACUAGCAACAUUGGGUUUGCGGAGACAUGACCUUGUGUUGCGUUGAUUACCAUCAGGGGGUCGCAAGGAAAAGUGAUAGUCUGCAGCAGAACGGACCGGGAAUUCGUGAGACCAUGGGCCUUUGCACAAGAAUCAAGGCGAAGCUCUGGCAGCGCCGCGAUGCGGUCCCUGCUCCCUUCGCUGUGGUAAAAGACAGCUGGCUCAUUGUGGGUCGUUCGUUUGGUAUUUGCGCAUUCUUUGGCAUCGCGACUUUUCUCGGCUUAAAUAAAAGACUAUAGACUACAGUGCAUAACCCUUUUCGGUCCCAAAAUCUCAUCAGCCUGCGAUUUCCCAAGAAUCAAUAUGGCCAAACCCUAAGGAUAAAGAGGCCUGGGCAGUUGCAGGAAGAAACUCUCGCUCCCCUAGAAAAAUCGCAACAAAUCCUGAUAUUACAC